AUGUACUUCCGAAAACCAUCACCAACGCCCCCUCUGCACUCUCUACCCUCUCCAACACCAUCCUUCUCAAAAUCCAAGCACAUCAUCAACAACAAGUUCAGGUACACCCUAUUCUUAUCUCUCUUUCUUGCUUCAUGGCUCCUUCUUCUUCUUCAUCAUCACUUUCACUUCACACCGGUACCAAAACACACCACAACAUGCCACGGAUCAGGACCAUUGUUCUACAUCUACGCCCUCCCCUCACGCUUCAACCUAGGACUCCUCCAACGUUGUGAAAACCUUAACAUCUACACCAACAUGUGCCCCCAUGUCGCCAACAAUGGCCUUGGCCAGCCCCUCUCGACGCCCUCCUGGUACGCCACACACCAGUUCAUAGGGGAGAUGAUCGUGCACGCGCGCCUCCAGAACCACCCCUGCCGCACGUGGGAUCCCCACGCGGCGCGUCUGUUCUACGUCCCCUUCUACGGUGGCCUCCACGCUUCCAGCGUGUUCCGGGAGGCCAAUCUCACCCUCCGCGAUGCCUUGGCCGUCGAUCUUGUUGCCUUCCUUCAGAGUCAACCCUGGUGGAAGAGGCACCACGGGAAGGACCAUUUUGUUGCCCUGGGGAGAACCGCGUGGGAUUUCAUGCGCAGAGAAGAAGGACCAGACUUCGGAGCAAACAUCUUCCUUAACCUACCAACUGUCCGAAACAUGUCGGUGCUAACAGUGGAGCGACAUCCAUGGCAAGGCCACAACCAAUUCGCAAUCCCUUACCCUUCCUACUUCCACCCAAAAUCCCUACCCCAAAUGCUCACCCUGCAGGACACCAUUCGCCAACGCGCGCGCCCCCACCUCUUCUCCUUCGUCGGCGGCACGCGUCCCAACCUCGCCAAAGCCAAGGUGCGCGACCACAUCGUCAGCCAGUGCGGCGCGUCAGAACGCUGCGUUUUGGUCCCGUGCACGAGUGGCGACGCGCGGUGCCACAACCCCAUGGCGGUUCUCGAAGUCAUGAGCAAGUCCACGUUCUGUCUUCAGGCCCCCGGCGACUCCUUCACCCGCCGGUCAACGUUUGACUCUGUGCUCGCGGGGUGUAUUCCCGUGUUCUUCUCGGAGCAUACGGCGUACACGCAGUACACGUGGUACUUUCCUACGAAAAGAGAUACGUAUUCGGUGUUCAUUGACGAGAGAGAGGUGAACGAAGGGAAGAAGAAGAUCGAGGAUGUGCUUUUGGGAAUCGAAGAGGAAGAGGUUGCUAAAAUGCGCGAGGUGGUGAUUGGAUUGAUCCCCAAACUCACUUACGCGCACCCCAACGCGAGUGGGGGUGUUGGGUUUGAGGAUGCCGUCGAUGUCGCACUGCAACGGCUUUCGCGGCUCGUUAUUAUGGACCAAACGAAAAGCGUGGGUAGCGCCGACAUUUGA